AUGUCGGCCCCUUACAACAAGACAGUCAAGAUCGCGGCUAUCCAGGCCGAGCCUGUCUGGAAUGACCUCCAAGGUGGCGUGGAAAAAGCCAUUAGUUUGAUCAAGGAAGCGGGCAAGAACGGAGCCAAUGUUUUGGGAUUCCCUGAAGUCUUCAUUCCUGGAUAUCCCUGGGCCAUUUGGUCACAGUCGGUCAACGACUGCGCAGCCUUCAUGGACGAGUAUUACCGAAACUCGCUCGUCAAGGAGUCACCUGAAAUGGAUCGUAUUCGAGAUGCUGUCCGCGAGGCAGGCAUCUUCAUUGUUCUGGGUUAUAGUGAGCGCGACAACGGUAGUCUUUAUAUCGCCCAGUCCUUUAUUGAUCCAACCGGAACUAUCAUCCACCAUCGCCGCAAGAUUAAGCCUACACACGUCGAACGUGCAUACUACGGUGAUGGGCAGAGUGAGAGCCUGACGACGACGGCACAGACCCCAUUUGGAAAGGUUUCUGGCCUCAAUUGCUGGGAGCACUCACAGCUCCUCCUUCGGUACUACACCUAUUGGCAGAACACCGAUAUUCAUGUGGCUAGUUGGCCGCUGAUAUGGGAUAUGCCGUCGGACGGAAGCCCGUGGCAGUGGCACAUUACUCCCGAUGCGUCGAACCGCUUCUCGCAAGUCAUGGCCAUGGAAGGCGGCUGCUUCGUUAUGACGGCGACCCAAAUCUUGACCGAAAAGAACAAGAAAAAAUGUCUCGUCGACAACUAUCCGUACGCUCGCGCCCCCGGCGGCGGAUUCAGCAUGAUCUUUGGCCCCGACGGCAAGGAGUUAGUAAAGCCGCUGGACCCCGGAGAGGAGGGUAUCCUGUACGCUGACGUCGACCUAUCUGUCCGAGCGUUGGCCAAGCACAACUUGGACACCGUCGGCCAUUACUCUCGACCAGACCUCCUCAGCCUUAGGGUCACCAAGCACGGUGUCAAACAUCCCGGCACUCAAGUUCACUUUCUAGAGUGACGCUUGCGGGUGUCUGUCACAGGGCGACCCUUGGAAGAAGAUCUUACUGCACGGUGGAGAUUUGAGGGAGAGAGCUGGAGAUCGGAAAGCUGUAUAUGGGUGCAGAAACUGUG